GUCGGUGUCGUUCUCAGUUCGAGACGAUUGCAACUUAUGUUGUUUGCCAUUUGGCGUUUAUCGAUAUAAGUAAACCCCACCGUAUUUAUAAGACAAAAUAGAGAAAUACAUUGAUAAUGCAUCGGCCUAUCGAGUAUGACGGAUUGAACUUCAAGUACAUCGAGCAAACAAGCCAAAAGCAGGAAACUUCGAAGUCUCCCUUGGUUUUAUUAGCAGCAACGUGUAGUAAAAUUGGAAACGAACACCAGCAGUUAUUGAACGUUUCAAAUGAGGCCUUCGUGGGCCAAACGGCCGGCUCACAGUGCGUCGUGUCUUGUUUUCAAGAGACAAAUCAUUUCGACCAGACAUCGGAGUCGUAUGUUGUUUUGCCAUCCACCGAAGCGAAUACGAAUUUUUUGACACAUGGAAACGAACAAUCUAUGAAAGCUGACCUUCGUGAUCAGCACGAAGCGAGAGAAAUUUACGGCGCGAAAGGAAGUGAUGAACUACAUUCCAAUUUGAUAUUCUCACAGCUAGAUAAUGUUCAGGCUUCGCGCAUGGAUGCCGCUCAAAUUCAACCUGAACAACAAUGGACAGUAAAUUCUCCUUUUACAUCUUCUCCUUUAAAUCCAAUAUGUUCUUAUGUAACUGCUCGUCCUCCUAUUCAGUGGAAAGAGAAAUUGGGGACAUGGCCGCCAUCCAGUGGCAAAGUGAUGAAAAAUCAACCUAGUCGACAUCGUGAUAGAUCAUCAAAUGAGCAGAUGAACAGUGCUGUAAUAUCUAGUGGUAACCAAAUGUCUAUGUCCAUGCCAAAUGGACUACAAACAAUUAUUACACCAAGCAAUGACACUCCUAUAUCCUUAAAUGCAACACCUUUAAAUAACACAAACCUGGAAUGGGUCACAACAACAAAAGCUAUUACUUUGCAUAACACUUCAAAAGAUGUGAAUUUUACAGAUAAUCAAACAGAUACAAGUGGAGUCAUGAAUGGCAGCACUCCCAAGCAACUAAAAGAGUGACGUGUAGCUUGCACAUGUCCUAAUUGUAGAGAUGGUGGGGAGAUUGGUGAAUGGUAAGAAAAUUCAUAUUUGCAAUAUCCCAGGCUGUGGUAAAGUGUAUGGAAAGACUUAGCAUCUUGAGCUCAUUUACGGUGGCAUUCUGGUGAGAAACCUUUUGUUUGUAAAUGGCUUUAUUGUGGGAAGUGUUUCACAAGGUCUGAUGAGCUCCAACGACACAUUCGAACACAUACUGGUGAGAAAAAAUUUGUAUGUGAAAUAUGCAACAAAAGGUUCAUGAGAAGUGACCAUCUUUCAAAGCAUAUAAAAACACAUGGAAAUAAUUCAAGGAAAAAUGCUGCACAAUCAAAGAAAACCUUGCAAGUUCAGGCUUCCUCAACCAGUGCGUCUACCCAAACAAUGGCCACAAAUUUUCCUGAAGCAGGUACAGCCCUCCAUUAUUUACAUGGCUCAGAAAUUCUUUCAAAACUAUCAAAUGAUAAAAUAGUCAGUAAUAUUACAUCACCAGCUUCAAGCAAGGUUGCUGUGCUUGUAACUCAACAACCUGUCAGUAGCAAAUCACAUCAUCAAGGAAAUAUGCAACUGAAACAUGUACAUCAACUACAAGUGCAAAGAGAUUUCACAGACCCAUCUUCUAAUUCUGAUCAACCCGAGGCACAGGCUCAAAUUAUUACAUUAGAUGAUGGAACUGUCCUUGAAAUACAUUGUACUCCAAAUGAACCUCCUGAUGUUAGCACACAUUGAUGCUGAAUGUGAUGUGAUAUCAAGUGAAAUUGAUCAUAAUUCUGCUAUUGCAAAUUGAUCUUGAUGAAACUAAUAUUAUCAAAAUAUUGUUAGCUCCUAAUUGACAAAAUGGAAUAUUCACAAUAUGUCUAACUAUAAAGUUUGCUUUUUCAUAUGUUAUUUGUACUUUUAAUGCCUAACCAAAAAUAAGAUUGUUCAUUCAAAGUUGUCACCUGUGAACAAUCUUGUUUUUGUUUAUGAAUUCUCAUUAUUUGCAUGAAUACCUGCAAUUUGACACAUUCAAAUUUGUGUGACAGGAAAAUUUUUAAGAAAUCAAGUUUUUUAUGGAAUUUACAUAUUUACCAUAUUGAGUAACAGUAAUGGAAAGUGCAAUUAUAUCCAAUCAUGGAUAGAGAGUGCUGAUUUAUGAAAAGCCAUUAUGGAUUUUUAAAAACCUGCAUGGAUUUUAAACAACACAAUAAUGGAGUUUAGGGAAAAACAAAUUCAGCAUAUGGGUGUUAAAAUAUUUGUUUUGACUCUUAGUUGAAACGAAUGGUCACAGGGAUAGAAACUCAGUAAGUGGUCAAAGUGCUAAAUGUCCUGCAAUGUGUCAAUAUCGGUUCUAAACAUUAUGCACAAUCGAUUCCUAUUCCAUCAUAUCUUACAUGGAAGCUGGAAUUUUAUGGUAGUAAUAGCUAUCAAAUAUUUCUUGCACAAAAUCAAACAUAAAAUUGUGUUAUUUUAUUUAAAUCUUGAUCUGAAUAGAUCAACUAUUAAAAAGUACCAAUCAAA